AUUUAGUCCAAUUUCUACUCCAUAGUUUUGAAUCUUGAUCAAAACAAAAAAAAUGAAGCAAAAGAUUGUUAUUAAAAUGUCAGUUCAUUGUGACAAAUGUCGCUCCAAGGCCCUGAAAAUCGCUGUUGGCAUAUCAGGCGUUGAAUCGGUGGCUUUAACGGGUCAAGAAAGGGACCAGGUGGAGGUUGUGGGCGACGGGAUCGACUCGGUUGAGUUAACCCGGCGGCUCAGAAAGAACGUGGCGCAUGCUGAGUUGGUUAGUGUGGGCGAGUUUAAAAAAGAACAGCCUGCAGCCACCACCGCCGGGUCUCCACCGGUGGUGGGCUGGCUUCCGCCGCCGCCGCCGCCGCCGUAUGGUUUCCCUCCCAACAAUUAUUGUACAGUACUGAGGGACCCAGUCUAUGACAACUCCUGCACCAUAAUAUUUGUUCUUGACAAAACGGAUUAUGACGUUGCUGCAGACUAUGCUGCACGGACACUUCUAGAAGGUGAAGAGUCCCCGUAUCCGACACCUGGACACUCGGACACACCCGGACACUUCUCGGACACCCGUGUCGGGCCGUGUCAAAUGUCGUUCGACGGCAAGGAAGUUGUUCAUGGAGAAAGAUUUCAACAAAUGUUACAUGUUGUCUUGAAAGUUGUAAUUAGUGAUGGUGAUACUGGAGAGGCGAAUGAUGGUGAUGUUGCAAUUGAAAUUUCAAAGGACAAGCUAAUUCGUGAUUGA